UUUUAUGCACGGAAAUAGUCAAUCAGUACAGACAUUUUAUACAAAGGUUUUCACUGGCAUGUUUUGUAAUAGCAAAAAACAAAAAAAACCAAAAAAACAAAACCCACUUACAUGUCAGCUGCGGCAUCAUUGAAUGAUUGUGUGCUGCACGCACUGGGGAGUCAAGCAGCCAUCAAGUUGCUGUGUGCAGGCUUGCUUUUCACCAACACUGGGAGGGUGUCCAUGUUAACAUUUUUGUGUGUGAAAAUCGGAUUGCCAGAAAUAGGUAGACGCACACACCUGUGCAUGUGCGUGAAUGUGCCUUUGGAAGAGGACAGUGGGGCUAGUUACUGAGCGAUGCUUUUAGUUGUGUGCACACUGUUGAGGACCUCUCGGAACACCUGCCGUGUUUGUACGCAGUGUGAGCUGUGGAGCCCUGUAUAUCACACUGGAAGGAGAGCAGGUGUCUGGCCGCAGAGGGGUGAGAGGCCGGCCUGAGCUCAGGCGGAACCCUCCUGUCGGCGGCCUCUGCUGGGUUCUGAGCAGGGGGACCGGAAGCGCUGCAGGACCUGUAGGCAGCAGGACAGGUCCUCUCUCAGCCGCGUGCGGCCACCCUCUGGGCGCCAUGAAGUUCCGCGCCAGGGUCACCCGCAGGGCCUUCCUCGAGCUCUUCAUCCACCUCUGCAGCACCCUGGCGAAGCUGGCGAAGCUCGUGGUGCUCCGCGUGUGCCCGGACGGGCUGUACUUCGGUUCGGCGGGGCUCAGGGCUGUCCCCGAGGCCAGGGUGUGGUGCGAGGUGAGGCGCGAGGCCUUCUCGCAGUUCCGCAUGGAAGGCGCCUCGGAAGAACACGAUGAGAUCUACCUGGAGCUGACCUCGGGGCACCUGGCCAGGGCCCUGAGGAGCGCGGGCGGCGCGUCCUCCGUGAAGCUGCAGCUGACAAACAAGCGCCGGCCGUGCCUCACGGUGGCCGCCGAGCUGGCCCUGCGCACGGGCCACACCCGCAUGGUGGUGCACGACCUGCCCGUGCGGGUGCUGCCCUGCCGGGCCUGGGCCGAGUGUCCGCAGCCGCCGCGCCUGCCGAGCCCGGACGUGAGCGUCCACCUGCCGCCCCUGAGGACGCUGCGCAGCAUCGUGGAGCGCAUGGCCAACCUGAGCCAGCACGUGCUGCUGGAGGCCAGUCGGCGGGGCAGGAUGCACCUGAGCAUAGACACGAGCGCCGUGUCCAUCCGCAGCUCCUUCGAGAACCUCGGCCACCCCCCGAGGGUCCAGCAGGAUGGGGCUGAGGACGGAGACCCCGAGGGCAUGGCGCAGGUGCGCGUGGACAACCGCAGACUGCUGCACUUCUUCGAGGCCCAGCAGAUGAACCCCACCACAGCCCUGUGCAACAUUCGCAGCGACGCCCUGCUGCACCUCGUUUUGCUAAAUGACGAUGUCUCUCUGGAGUAUUUCAUUCCCGCCGCAUGAAAGUUGAGCCAGCGUGGAUUUGUUUAUUUUUGGCCAUUCUUUUCAAAACUGAAAGAGACCCCCCCAGUGACUUAUUUUGGGAUUCUGCCGUCUCCCUGACUUAGGCAGAAUCUGUAUUUUGUUGAACUCUUUUCGCAAAAUUUAAAUGGAAAAAAAAAUCAGUGAUGAAAUAGUUGCAUGGCUUGACCUUUUGUUUAUUAAU